AUGCUGGAAACCUACUGGAACCUCACUGCUAUAGGCUAUAAUUUGGAAGACCAUCAUAUUGAAGAACAAUGUCAAACUUCUAGAAGUCAUGAAAGGCAUGAAAAAAGUUAUACUGGAGAGAAACCUUAUGAAUGUAACCAAUGUGGUAAAGGCUUUACACAACAAAGUCAUCUCCAAAUUCAUGAAAGAACACAUACUGGAGAGAAACCUUAUGAAUGUAAUCAAUGUGGUAAAGCCUUUUCAAGUCACAGUCGUCUCCAAAUACAUAAAAAAACACAUACUGGAGAGAAACCUUAUGAAUGUAAUCAAUGUGGUAAAACCUUUUCAUGUCACAGUGGUCUACAAUAUCAUAAAAGAACACAUACUGGAGAGAAACCUUAUGAAUGUAAUCAAUGUGGUAAAGCCUUUUCAAGUCACAGUGGUCUACAAUAUCAUAAAAGAACACAUACUGGAGAGAAACCUUAUGAAUGUAAUCAAUGUGGUAAAGCCUUUUCAAGUCACAGUCGUCUCCAAAUACAUAAAAAAACACAUACUGGAGAGAAACCUUAUGCAUGUAAUCAAUGUGGUAAAGCCUUUUCAUGUCACAGUGGUCUACAAUAUCAUAAAAGAACACAUACUGGAGAAAAACCUUAUGAAUGUAAUCAAUGUGGUAAAGCCUUUUCAAGUCACAGUAAUCUCCAAACACAUAAAAGAACACAUACUGGAGAAAAACCUUAUGAAUGUAAUCAAUGUGGUAAAACCUUUUCAUGUCACAGUGGUCUCCAAAUCCAUAAAAGAACACAUACUGGAGAGAAACCUUAUGAAUGUAAUCAAUGUGGUAAAGCCUUUUUAUGUCACAGUAAUCUCCAAAUACAUAAAAGAACGCAUACUGGAGAGAAACCUUAUGAAUGUAAUCAAUGUGGUAAAGCCUUUUCAUGUCACAGUGGUCUACAAUAUCAUAAAAGAACACAUACUGGAGAGAAACCUUAUGAAUGUAAUCAAUGUGUUAAAGCCUUUUCAAGUCACAGUAAUCUCCAAAUCCAUAAAAGAACACAUACUGGAGAGAAACCUUAUGAAUGUAAUCAAUGUGGUAAAGCCUUUUCAUGUCACAGUCAUCUCCAAAUACAUAAAAGAACACAUACUGGAGAAAAACCUUAUUAA